CCGAACUCAGAAAGGAAAACAAUCAGCACAGUUGCCGGCCUUCACUUCAUCGGACCCAAAUCCCUUCGUCAUUGGCGAGCCGGGCACGCUUCCCAAUAAACUGUCAUCUCUUUUGGGUACCAUUCACUGUUCCCAAUCAACUUCUCACCCUCCACGCAAUCCACCCCAAUCCCAUUAAUCACACCCCUAUCCGGCUAUCCUAUCACACCCCCUAUAUUCUCUCAGAUCCUCAUGAUUCCUGACAAGGAGCCGAAGGCAAAAAUGAUGCGCAAGGAGGGCGAGUGCGUGGAAGUAUCUGAGCCGUUGCUGGAGGAGGCCCAGAGGAUCGGGGCCGUGGAACCCGAACGCGUCCCUGAAUGGAGGGAGCAGAUCACGAUCAGAGGGCUGGCCGUGAGCGCUGUGUUGGGGACCCUCUUCUGCAUCAUCACGCACAAGCUCAAUCUGACGGUCGGGAUCAUCCCGUCCCUCAACGUCUCCGCUGGGUUGCUCGGGUUCUUCUUCGUCAAGACGUGGACUAGCUUCUUGUCCAAGCUUGGGUUCUCAAUUAAGCCCUUCACCAAGCAAGAGAACACCGUUAUUCAGACCUGCGUCGUCGCUUGCUAUGGCCUUGCAUUUAGCGGGGGCUUUGGUUCGUAUAUGAUUGCAAUGGAUGAGAGAACUUAUGAACUCAUUGGUGUUGAUUAUCCGGGUAACCGGGCAGAAGAUGUUAAGAACCCAGGCCUGCUGUGGAUGAUUGGUUUUUUAUUUGUAGUCAGCUUCCUUGGCCUUUUUAGUCUUGUUCCACUUCGUAAGGUUAUGGUCAUGGAUUAUAAGCUUACAUAUCCUAGUGGCACAGCAACUGCAAUGUUGAUAAAUAGCUUUCAUACCAACACUGGAGCUGAGCUUGCAGGGAAGCAAGUCCGUUGUCUUGGAAAAUAUCUGAGCAUAAGUUUAUUCUGGAGCUUCUUUAAGUGGUUCUUCAGUGGAAUUGGCGAUUCUUGUGGAUUUGACAAUUUUCCCACCCUUGGCUUGGCACUAUAUAGGAACACGUUUUAUUUUGACUUUAGUCCAACUUAUGUUGGAUGUGGUCUUAUUUGCCCACAUAUAGUCAAUUGCUCAGUUCUUCUUGGCGCUAUUAUAUCAUGGGGUUUCCUCUGGCCCUUUAUUUCCCAACAUGCCGGAGAUUGGUACCCAGCUGACCUUGGCAGCAAUGAUUUUAAAGGACUCUAUGGAUACAAGGUCUUCAUAGCUAUUUCACUUAUUCUUGGGGAUGGUCUUUACAAUUUGAUCAAGAUAAUUGCUAUAACUGUUAAGGAGCUGUUUAACAAAAGCACCAAACAGAGCAACCUUCCUGUCACUGCAGAGGUUCUAGCAGAUGAGGAAAGUUCUAUACUGUUAAUGGAGCAGAGAAAGAGGGAUGAGAUAUUUCUUAAAGACAGGAUACCCACCUGGUUUGCAGCCGCUGGAUAUGUGGGUCUGGCUGCAAUAUCAACAGCGACAAUACCCAUCAUCUUUCCACCCCUCAAGUGGUAUCUGGUUCUAAGCUCCUACAUCAUUGCCCCUGCCCUUGCCUUCUGCAACUCUUAUGGCACUGGACUCACAGAUUGGAGCUUGGCUACGACUUACGGAAAGAUUGGUCUUUUCAUCAUUGCUUCAUUGGUUGGAACCAGUGGCGGGGUUCUAGCCGGCCUAGCAGCUUGUGGGGUUAUGAUGGCCAUUGUCUCCACUGCAGCUGAUCUCAUGCAAGAUUUCAAGACUGGUUACCUCACUCUAUCUUCGGCUAAGUCGAUGUUUGUGAGCCAGUUGGUUGGAACAGCCAUGGGUUGUAUCAUUGCCCCUCUUACAUUCUGGUUGUUUUGGACUGCUUUUGAUAUUGGUUCACCUGAUGGUCCUUACAAAGCACCGUAUGCUGUAAUAUUCAGGGAAAUGGCCAUUCUAGGUAUUCAAGGCUUCUCUGAGCUGCCGAAGCAUUGCCUGGCCAUUUGUUGUGGGUUUUUUGUGGCAGCUUUGAUCGUAAACCUCCUGAGGGAUGUGACUCCCACAAAGAUCUCCCAAUAUAUUCCAAUUCCAAUGGCUAUGGCAGUCCCCUUUUAUAUUGGAGCUUACUUUGCUAUAGACAUGUUUGUUGGUACAGCGAUAUUGUUCGUAUGGGAGCGAGUUAAUCGAAAGGAUGCUGAGGAUUAUGCAGGGGCUGUUGCUUCGGGUUUAAUAUGUGGCGACGGCAUAUGGACGAUUCCAUCAGCAAUCCUCUCUAUUUUAAGGGUCAAUCCACCCAUCUGCAUGUAUUUUGGGCCUUCUUUGAGCAGCUGAGCAGAAUGGCCCUAUCGUCUCUCUGUAAUUAUACGUUCUUUGAACUGGAAUAUUUGUUGGAUUCUGUAAAUAUCAUUAAUGGAUGAUCAUUUGGACCGUC